AUGGACGACGAACUAAUCGCCAACUUUACCGCCAUCACCUCAGCGACCCCGGAUCGCGCUCGCCAGUACCUCACCCUGACCGACAGCAACCUCGAACAGGCCAUCCAACUCUACUUCGACAGCGAUGGCGCCGACAUGGGUGCUGCCAUGCCCCAACAAUCUGCCCAGCCCGCUGCUCAGCCAGCAUCUCGCCGCUACAACCAGGAUGACAACGGCGUUGUGACGAUAGACUCAGACGAUGACGACGUUCCCUACGAGGAUGAUGAGGCCAUGGCAAGACGUCUUCAGCAGGAGGCCUACGGCACCGCUGGCGGUGAAGACGAAGUCAGAGCUCCCAUGGCCAGAACCACCGAGACACUGGUUGGCCCUGGCUCUAGAUGGGCUGGCGAUGAUGACGACGACAUUAACGCUGCCGUCCAUGAGCAGAUGAUGGCACGUCAGAGAAGAGUCUCUGUGUGGGACGACGAUGCUAACCCUGGCUUCGCUACUCCAAUCGACCCCGAAACCCAUCGUCGUAACCUUGCUCGUGCCACCGGAGGCGCCUCAGAACAAUCCUCUAAAUCAACUCUGCUCGCUGAACUUUUCAGACCCCCUACCGAUCUCAUCUCACACCUAUCGUUCCAAGACGCCCGCGACGAGGGAAAAGAGGAGGAGAAGUGGAUAAUUGUCAACGUUCAAGAUCCUUCAAUCUUUGAUUGCCAGGUCCUCAACCGUGACAUCUGGAAGAACUCGCAGAUCAAGGAGACCAUCCAAGAGAACUUCAUCUUCUUGCAGUACUCCAAGGAUGACCCGCGUGGCACUCAAUAUGUUCAAUACUAUUUCCAAAACAGAGACAACGACGAUGCAUACCCUCACAUCGCCAUCGUUGACCCUCGAACUGGCGAGCAAGUCAAGGUCUGGUCAGGUGCUCCCGUCCCGAAACCCUCGGACUUCCUGAUGGACUUGCACGAGUUCCUGGACCGCUACAGCCUGAAGGCUUUCGCAAAGAACCCGGUGGCUACCCGUAAGCCUGAGAAGAAGUCAAAGGAUGUGGAUAAGAUGAGUGAAGAGGAAAUGCUGGAGAUGGCAAUGCAAAACAGCCUUCACCAAGGCGGUGUACCUAUCAAAGACGACGAUCCUGAUGCUCUCACCAAGGCAGAGUCAAGCAAGGGCAAGAACGCAGUUGUCGACCCAGACGCUAUGGACAUCGCCGACACUGGUGUACCAAUCGAGAACGCAGAGACGGAACCUUCAGCAUCACAAGCCGGUCCUUUCGCCCAGAUCGCAUCUGACAAACCUCACACUGAGCCUACGGAUCCGGCAUCAUCGACUCGUAUCCAGUUCAGAUACUCUGGUGGAAGACAAAUCAGACGCUUUGGUCUUCAAGAGGAGGUUCGCCGCAUGUACGAGUGGCUCAAAGCAACACCUGUCGAAGGCAAGCAAGGUGUCGACUUUGAGCUUGUCUUCAUGGGCCGCAACCUGAUCGAAGCGCUGGAUCAGACCAUUGAGGAGGCUGGGCUCAAGAACGGUUCAGUCAUGAUCGAGUUCUUG